CAUACAUCUCUUAUUUGUUUUUGUAAUAUUGUCCAAUAAUUUCACGGCUUCUGCUCCGAUUGCCGUCUCUCAAAACAUAGGUUUCUCAUUCAUACCAUCUGUUUACCAAAUUGAGGAAGCUACAAUCGCACCACAACUUGGAUACACGCGAUAUUUAUACUUCUAUAAACGUAUUUGUACACCCAAUUUUCUCGUUUCUACUUUGACGCGGGGUAAUUCGACGAUACAGUCAUGGCUUACGACGACGCCUACCGUGAUGAAGAAGGCGAGCCAUUGGUGGACUUCGAUGAUGAUGUCCGAUCUGAAGGGGAACAGCCCCAGGAUCUCUUCGAUGACAUAGAUGAUUCCGUCUAUGACCGCAGGGAGAGGUCUCCAACUCCGGUGUUAAAUGACUCGAGUUCUAGGCCUCGGAAGCGAUUGAUUAAAAAAUCAGCUGUUAAAGAACCAGGCCCCAUAGAUUUUGGAUUAGAUGACGAUGAUGUAGGUGGGGAUUAUGGCCGGGAGGAUGAUGUGUCUGGGUUGGUGAGAGAUGAUUACUCUGAUGGCGGAAAGAGGAAGAGGGACAAAGAGGAGAAAUUAAGAAUUCUGGAGAAAAACAGAAAGGCUGAGAAGGAGAAGAAGUUUAAGGUUAGGAAGAGUGGAGGAGGAAGGAUGAAGGAUCAUCAGGCAGAUCCAGAGAUGAAAGAGAUGUGGGACACUAUUGCGGGUGACAAUUCUGAGGAUGACCAAGAAGGUGUUCGGACUCUGGAUGAUGAUAAUUUCAUCGAUGAUACUGGCGUAGAUCCUUCUGACCGUUAUGCAAGUGACCGUGAACAUUCUCCAAGUCGAGCUCCCGAGGCAGAGGAGGGAGAAGAGGAUGAUGAAAUCAAGGAACUCUUCAAGGCUGGAAGGAAAAAGAAGAAGAGUGAAAAAAGUCCUGCUGAAAUUGCAUUGCUAGUUGAGAAUGUGAUGGCUGAGCUCGAGGUGGUUGCAGAAGAAGAUGCAGAGCUCAAUAGACAGGGGAAACCUGCAAUCAAUAAGUUGAAAAAGCUGUCCCUUCUGACAGAUGUUCUCUCAAAAAAGCAACUCCAGCAAGAGUUUCUUGAUCAUGGAGUUUUGACUCUCUUAAAGAAUUGGCUUGAGCCUUUGCCAGAUGGAAGCUUACCAAAUAUUAAUGUUCGUGCUGCUGUUUUGAAGAUCCUAAAUGAUUUCCCAAUUGACUUAGAGCAGUAUGACCGCAAAGAACAGCUAAAAAAGAGCGGACUAGGCAAGGUCAUUAUGUUUUUGUCAAAGGUUGAUGAGGAAACUACUGCCAACCGGAAACUUGCCAAAGAAUUGGUGGAUAAAUGGAGCCGACCAAUUUUCAAUAAGAGCACAAGGUUUGAAGACAUGAAAAACUUUGAGGACGAAAGAAGCUACAGAAGGCCACCUGCUAAAAAGGUAAUGAAUAAUGCAGCAGGAAGAGCAUCACGGGAUGAUGAUCUGGAUUUUUCGCAGGAGCGAAAAUCUAGUCAGUCAUCUUCGAGGCAACAUGCCUCUAGGCCUGAAGCAAUGUCCAUGGACUUUAUGGUUCGUCCUCAAUCCAAGGUUGAUCCAGAAGCAGUACGAGCUCGUGCUAAACAAAUGGUACAAGAUCAGCGUAGGGCAAAGAUGAAUAAGAAGUUGCAACAGCUGAAAGCGCCUAAACGGAAGCAACUACAGGCUACAAAGCUCAGCGUGGAGGGUCGUGGCAUGGUGAAAUAUCUGUAAUCCUCUCGUUUGGGUAUUAACACGAAUGUGGCGUGUUGCUUGCUGUAUCCCAGUUACUUGCAUGGGAUGAAAUGGAUAUACUAAUAAGCUGCAUCAGUUUUGAGUGGUGGAUGAAAGCAUCUGGUCAAUCUGGGUGACCUUGAUUGAAUGUGUGUGGGGAAGUGUUUGCUGCGUUGAUCAACCUUCCAUAAUGUGUGUGUUAUUGCAUCCUGGAAUUGGAUCGUGGACAAGUAAUCCUUUUAUGCUACCUUUGUUAUUGCUCUCAUAUAUGAAUAUAUCAAUGUUUUUAGUUAUAAAUCUAUCAUAACUUCCAUUGUUUAACUGAA